GGCGGGCAGCGGGCUCAGGGCGGACAUGGCGCUGCAGUUCGGCGGGGCGGGCGCGCCGGGCGCGGCUGAGGAACCGGCGUUGGUGGGGGGCAGCUUCGGGGCCGCGGACUCGUUCCCCAAGGACUUCGGCUACGGGGAGGAGGAGGAGGAGGAGGCGGAGCUGGAGGGAGGCCCAGGGCCCGGCGGGCCCGGCGGCGGCGCGGGCGGACCCGGCAGCGGCGCGGGCGGGGCGGACUCCAAGCCUCGGAUCCUGCUUAUGGGGCUGCGGCGCAGCGGGAAGUCUUCCAUCCAGAAGGUGGUGUUUCACAAAAUGUCUCCCAAUGAGACACUGUUCUUGGAAAGUACCAACAAAAUCUACAAAGAUGAUAUUUCCAACAGUUCGUUUGUGAAUUUCCAAAUAUGGGAUUUUCCUGGACAGAUGGACUUUUUUGAUCCAACAUUUGACUAUGAGAUGAUCUUCAGAGGAACGGGUGCUCUAAUAUAUGUUAUUGAUGCCCAGGAUGACUACAUGGAAGCUUUAACAAGACUGCACAUUACAGUUUCAAAAGCCUACAAGGUCAACCCGGAAAUGAACUUUGAAGUUUUUAUUCAUAAAGUUGAUGGUUUAUCAGAUGACCAUAAAAUAGAAACUCAGAGGGAUAUUCAUCAGAGGGCUAAUGAUGAUCUUACGGAUGCUGGGCUUGAAAAACUUCACCUUAGCUUUUAUUUGACCAGUAUCUAUGACCAUUCAAUAUUUGAAGCCUUCAGUAAAGUGGUACAGAAGCUCAUUCCACAACUGCCAACCCUGGAAAACCUACUUAAUAUCUUUAUAUCAAAUUCAGGCAUUGAAAAAGCUUUUCUCUUCGAUGUAGUCAGCAAAAUCUACAUUGCAACAGACAGUUCCCCUGUGGACAUGCAGUCAUAUGAGUUGUGCUGUGACAUGAUUGAUGUAGUGAUAGAUGUUUCCUGUAUAUAUGGGUUAAAAGAAGAUGGCACUGGAAGCGCUUAUGAUAAAGAGUCAAUGGCAAUUAUCAAACUCAAUAACACAACAGUCCUGUACUUAAAGGAAGUAACAAAAUUUUUGGCAUUAGUUUGCAUUCUUAGAGAAGAGAGUUUUGAGCGCAAAGGUUUGAUAGACUACAAUUUUCAUUGCUUCCGCAAAGCCAUUCAUGAAGUCUUCGAAGUAGGUGUUGCCUCCCACAGAAUCUGCAACCAUCAAUCAAGUACCUCAAAUAUGAAAGCACUGACUCACAAUGGCACACCUAGGAACGCAGUCUAGAGGAAAGCUAAUGACCUUGGAUAGACUUGUCAGCUCUUCACUCCAAAGUUUUGUGGAACAAGAGAAGAGUAGUCUGAAAGCCUGAAGUAUGUUUCAGAGGAGAAGAGUGGUCCUCACUGUGGAACAGCAACUUGUAACUGAUGUUGGACAGCUGAAACUACUGUAAAAAUACUUUGAGGCCAGUGGAGUUAGAAAUGCUGGUUAAAACCAGCUCUGUUGCAAAUGCAGUAGUUUUUCAGUUUGGAAUCCUAUUUUAACAGUCUGUCUCUGACUGAUUGCCUGGUCAAAACUUAAAAACAAUUGAGUUGAGUUUUGUGUGAAACACUGAAUAGUCACUUGCUCAACUGCUUUUAUUAUUAUUAUUUUAAAUUAAUCUGUAGAAUAUCCACUUUUGCUUCAGUUUACCCUUUUGUCAUGCAAAAAAAAAAUUAAUGUAAUUAAGGCUUGUGAAACUCAGGCUUUUUGCUUGCUGAGGCUGGUCUCACAAAUCAUUCCAUUAAGUAGCUCUUGCUGGUGUGCUCAUAAUAUUCUUGUGAAUUCUGUGUUUCUUAAGUGGAUGCAAGGUAUAGCUCUGUUCUAAUGAUUAUGUGUUUGUUUAGAGAACUGACCUGAGGCUUCAUUUUAAGAGAUCGUGAUACUUCUCUUUCAGACCACACUUCUUGGUAUGUCCCCUUUAAGGGAAGGGAAGUAUUAAAAUCAGAAAUAAACUACCUGCUCUCUUUUGCAAAAACAUGGAUGUCAUAAAUCUGUGUGAUUAAUCCUAUUCAUGAAACAACUGCAUGGCUAACUGAACUGAAAUGUCUGCCAUCUGUUGAAAUAAAGCAACCACUUUCAGCUAUUCCCAAGCAAAGAAAAAUGACAAAGUUAUUGAGUUCUGAUGGUGGAUCUCUUUCCUCUCUGACUGAUAAUCAAGACAGUUCCUAGGAAAAUGUCUGAGGGUGUUAUCCAUGCAUGGCAAUUAAGUAUCGGUCUGCCAUAACCUACUAAUAACACUGGACUUUGAAAGCAUGUUGAUUCUGUACUGUGACAAACACCUUCUUGUUUGUCACCAGGCAAUCUGACUAGAACUGUUUUUUUCUGAUUUUGUGAAUGCUUACUUUCAUACUAUGGGCAGUGUAUCUGAAUUCUUUAAUUUAUUGAUAUUGGUAUUAUUACAGUAGGUGUCAUACUAUACAUCAACCUUGCUAUGCACUAGGCUCAACCACUGACCCGUAAAGAUCUUGCCUCUCUUUACCUGUCCCUAUAUGUGUAUAGGUGUCGCAAAGCCAUUGGACCGUCUAUACAAGUGCCACUAUAAAAUUUUGUGCAAGAAGAACUAACUGUAAGCAAUCUCUGCAACUACUGUAUUUAUGUGGUCAGAAGUAACCAUGGGAAUGCUUCUGUGCUUAUCGAAAGAGCUUCAACUGAACUAUGUAAAAAUGAAUAUACAUGCAUUAACAUUAGGGUAUAUACACGUACUGAAUAAAUGUUUUUUUUUACAGCA